AAACUGGCUCUAAGAACAUAUUGUGUUAAAUUUGUUUCUUUUACUUUCAGACUGCAUUCAAUCCUGGUGAAAUGACUGGUAGAUCAACUGGUGCUGAAGACUUCAAAGCAAUGCCUCUGGGUCGCCACUCCAUAGCUUUAGAAAGCCUUACUAGCCAGAUGGAUAAACAGACUUCAGAGAUUCAAGAUAUCAUGAGACAUUCCAUUGCUACUAAUUAUUCUUUUCAUUCCAAGAGAGAUCUUACAGCAGAUGAAGCCUCUCUGAUUGUUAGGGAAGCUCCACUACCUGUAUCAAACAGCACCCAUACAAACUUUGCAGAUAGCAUUUCAAUGAAUAACUCAAACCUAUCUGUUGGUGCUUACUUCAAGAACAGAUGUCCUGAAUUUGGGAAACUGCUAAGCAAGACUGAGAGUCCAGACAGAUCGUAUAUGCCUAGCAUAACUGAGGUAUCAGGCGCACACUCUGAAUCAUUGAGAUCUAACAAGAAUCUAAUGAAAAUGGACCAAUCAUUAGACUGUGUACCAGUGAGACAGCCUCGCAACAUCAUGGACAGUUUUCCAGGGAAACAGAGUUAUGUUCCACCUCCAGCUGAAAGCACUUUCACAAUGCCAAAAGUCGAGAAACAAGCUGAACCAUCUACCAGCAAUAUGACAGAAGCAAAACCAAACCAGAAUCCAUUCUACAUGAGCCAAGUUCCUGAUAAACCGAAAUAUGUCCAGAUGACUUUAAAUUCUGUCUCACCAAAAAAGAAUGUCCCCGUACCAACAAGAGAAACUGACUUGUUGCUUAAGAACCUUCAAGCGUCUUUGAGAUUAGUGAGUGAUGAUACUGAGGGGUCAGCGGAGAAUUCUUUGAGCAUUUCCAGGAUUGCUGAUUAUCUUGGCAAACAAUCAAAUGUAAGUGUAACAGACAUGUUGCUCUUAAACAACAAGAAGAAACACUUGAACAAGAAACAACCACUCACCGAGUUACAAAUGAACAUACCAGAAUCCAAGAAGAACAACCAGGAUCUGCCAGUAACUUACCUUAAGGACACGCGAAAGACCGAGGCAGCUAGUUCAUCAGGAACUGCCACCACAGUUAUAAGUCAGAACAAAUUCAAAACCAACGAAAUGCAAGAGAUCCCAUCGGUCAUAGUAACUCGUCAUUCUCUUGGUACAGAACAGUUGAUUGAAAUUGACGAUUCAAAGUCAAAGAAAAGUGGCCGUUCCAAGUCACCAUCAAGUAAAAGUCAAUCCACUUUUAGCACUGUUCAAGAAAACUAUACGAGUUUUAAGUCUGGAGACAGUCCUUUACAUUCCAGCAAAGGCGAGGCCAAUACGUCACAUGUUGCUUCCCCAAAUACAGUAUAUAAAGAGUUAGAUAAGUCUGUAGAUUGGCACGAAGUUAUGCAACAGAAACGUUUGAAACAGGAGGGCUUAGCUAAAGAGCAAUGGGUUGAAAUUGGAGCCACUGUUGCCGAUGGAUAUGUUGGCGUCAAUUGUCCAGUAACAAUAACAGUGACGACUUUAUCAGACAGCUGGCUGACUGCCAAAUUACAAUUUAAUGAUUUGCCAAACGACGGCAGGGACCUCACUAUCGAGCUUCCACGUAUGCCUCUGUUGUUAUCACCAGGAAAAUCUGAAAAAAUAACCCUGCACAUAACAUCAAAUGUGGAAUUAAGCACAAUAUUGAAUUUCACUAUGUUGUUGAAAGAUGCGUCUAUUGAUGGUGAUGUAGAACAAAAAGGCGAGGUCCAAAUUAACAUAAAAAUGCCUGUUAUACAAGCUAUGUCUUGUGAUGGCGUCAACAAGAUCACGUUCCCUACGAUACAAGAGAAUAGUUCGCUCAUAAAGUCCUUCGUGCUUAUAAGUGAUUGCCCUACCGAUUUGCAGUUAGAAUUAUCAGUGGUAGAGGGUGACAGUAUAUUCGCUAUUAAAAACGUUCAAGAAAUAAAGAAGACUGAUGUGAAUAAGAUUCUAAUGGAUCGCCAAGGGUCGACUGAUGAAGGACAGCAACCUGGGAAGAGUAAGGGCAAAGCGACGAACAAACAGCUGUGUAGGCUGACUAGUGGGAACGCUAUUAGAGUUACUGUGAAAUUUAAUGCGCCCAAGUUGGCUGAUAUUGAAAUAGAAGAUUCAAUAGUGACUUUCAACGGGCUGAUGCAUGUGAACUUGAUAGGAGUGAACAGUGUGAUGAGGAAGGUCGACCUAGUCGGUGUCGUCGGUACUGUGAAUCUGGUGGUCAAACCUCCGGUCAGCAAGUUGCAACUAACGAACGAACCAACAAACAUUGACUUGUGUAACAAUGGCUCGAUAUCAGGCAUUUGGAUAGUGAAAUUCAAAACUAACUCGACGGCAGAUAACUUUCCGUUCAAAAUAGCGCCGACUAAGUUCGAGGUACGGCCUGGUACAUCCAAGUCUGUGAGCCUCUUAUAUACUGGCUCUGGUGAUCCUGUUGAAGCGACCCUCAUAUUUGAAGAAAUAACUUCUGGCAAUAAAACUACACUUGAAAUCUGUGGGGGCAUCGAUAAGCCAAAAUCGUUUCCCAUAAAGACUAAUUACAUUUCUAUGUCGUGGGUGCGAGCUGGUAGGAAAGAACUGAGUUUGAAAAAUGCUACGGAUAAGAAAAUCUACAUCCGAUGUCAAAUACUCGGUGAAGGAUUCGCGAUAGAUUUGCCACGAGAGUCCAGAGGGAUAUACUGUGUGCCUUUCGGGCCGUGUGAAUGUCGUCCUUUGCCUAUAAUCUUCUCCCCAACAUCGAAUGGACCGCAGAAAGCUACUUUGCAUUUAGUGUUCGAAAAAAAUAGUGAAUACAGUAGGAAGAUCGAUCUAUAUGGGUGUGCGAGUGGAGAAGCGCUGCGCUGGUCAGGGCUGGUGACAUACGGCGACACGGCGCUAGUGCGGGCCGUCAGUCGACAACCUAUCAACUUGGAGCUCUACAAUAAGUCCACUGCACCUGCUUUCGUAUGUGCCAGAAUUCAUUUCAAUCUGCAGUACAUGUGCUUGGCGGAAGACGCGGAGUUGUCCGGGGGGCGCAGCGUGGUGCGGGGGCGCGCGCGGCACGGCGUGUGCGUGCGGCUGCAGUGGGCGCGGCUGGAGCGUCGCGCGCGCGCCGCCGCCGCCGCCUCGCUCGCCUCCGUCACACUCAUCACCGGCGCAGAGUACACGCGCCGCAGGAUACUCAAGAUUCUCCGUGACGAAUCAAAUGGGGAGCUGGAUACUUCCCUGCUACCUGAUCACUUGAAGGUGUUAACAGAAACAUUCGAAGGAGAGGAUGCAUCCAUGGACAAUCAAAUUGCUGAUUUCAAGGAAACCAAGGCUUCACUAAACGAAUUGAUAAGCGGCUUACAAGAACUGACCGCUCAAAUUGAUUUGCCACAAGACUUCGCAGAAGAGAACACUAUCAUUAUAAGUGAUGACACGGUUGUUGAACAUCACACAUUGUGCGGCGAUUGAUCCGGUACUUAUAAUUAUUUUAAAGCAUUUCCUGUGGAAUUUUUCUAUUUAGUACAGUUAGUAUUAAAUUAAAAUUAAAAUUGUUCUGCACCCUAAGCUGCUGGUAAUUUCGGUAUUGGCGUCUUGCAAGAGUACCUUUGGAUUGUUUAUAAAUUCUGAAAUGGUUAUUUAGAAUAUUAAGAAUGUCUUGACAUAGCAUGUAAAGGAGAAUGAAUCCACAGCAAAUGUUUAGGAUAUAAUAAUAUAUGUUACCCAGUAUUUUAGUUUUAUGUAAUAUUUAAUUUUUAAUAUAUGAACUUGUAAUUUAAUAAUGGCAUGUCUGAAUUUUGUAAUGCAUUAUAUUAUAUAAUUCUGUUAGUAGAUGUUAUCAUAAGUAUAAGAAUUAUCAAAAUUAUUUUAAAUUAAGUCCGUCCUUUGAGGCCUUCUUGCUCUGCCAUACUUCCCUGCGAACAUUGGUGUCAAGUACGACCGGUUUGUUUGCUCCAGUUCUCGAUAGCCAGGGAGAGCGGGGUAUCUUUGUCAUCUUAAUUUCUUUUAAUAUUGUGAUAUUUGGUGAGGUGGAUAUAAAGAAAUAAUAAAAAAUAGGUUUCAUUUAUAUCAUUUAUUAUUUUCUUAACUAUAUUUAUUAUUCCAAUCGUUUUUCCUAUUUUUUUUAAUCAUUGUAUCUAAGAGAUUCGACUGCCGAUCGCAGUUAUCCAUUAGAAAUGACCUUUUAAAAAUAUUGCCUACAACUUAUAAAACUAAAAUGCAUUUCCACUUACAAUAAAGUCAUUAAACACCGCAAAAUGAUAAUAAUCUUUAAUAUAUACAGGACUAAAUUUGACGAUCCGUAGAGUUCACGUGGUUAUUUGUUGCUAGUAAAUAUACAUGCGGUCUUUUGCAGUAAACCCCGUUUGUUGAGGAUGUAGACAGAAGUGCGGGAAAUAGAAUAAUAACAUUAUCCACAUAAAACAAUUUAAAUCGGGUGUUCAAAUAGGAAAGCGUUGGUCCUUUCGAGAGGUUUACUAUAAAAGACUGCCAACAAUACAUCGAACUUGGUGUAUUUAUUUAUAUUAUGAUUAUAUCUCAUACGCAAAGAAAAAUAUCAGAGUUGAUCAAUGUUACCAAAAUAUGCACGAAAUGGCUAGAAUAUGCACCAUGAAGCCAUAAUAUGUUCUGUACAUGUUUAUUGUGCCAAGAUUAUAAUUAGGAUUCCAGAUAAAAAAACUUUUCAGAAAGUUUCUGGAGAAACGUUUUUACGAUCUUCAUCAUACAAAAUAAUAUACAAAAUUUACUGAUACCCCACAGAAAGACAAAAGGGAAACGUGAUUGAAAUAAUAGUAAUAAUAACAACAUAGAUUUAUUAGGGUUUCUCCAGGCAAUUGCUAUUGAUACAAUAUUUUCAAACAUUCAAUA